AUGAAUAAGUUGAAUCUAAUAGAUAAUACAGAAGAACCAUCUAUAAGUUUUAGCAACUUACAAAAUGCAAUAUUAGAGACAAAAAAUAAUACAAUAGAUCAAGCAAAAGAGAAAUUAGCGUACUAUAAUAAGAUUUUUAAUUCAGCAUUAAUGUUGUACGAAAGAGAGAAAACCAAUGAUCAAUUCGUAAAGAAUUUCGAUAUCCUUUUGAAGCCAUUUGCCAAAGCCAUUGAAGAAUGCGAAGAAAAACUAAAUGCCCGCACACAGCAAAAAACUUGGGACCCAAAAAAUGGGAAACUUUCUUUCUG